AUUUGCUUUUCCUUGGCGUUGCAAAGCACAAUCACCUAAAACAAGUAGCAUAGGACAGGUGUAUAUGAGCGGUCCCUAUUCCAGCAGUCUUGAAGCCCGUUCUAAAGGGAUUGGUGGCUGCCUAACGACGCUGAUGACGUUCUCGCUGUAGACACGUGGGCCGUGGUUAGCGGAGCUCACAUAAACAAAGGCACAUUGGAAAGACUGAGUAGUCGAUGCCCGUAUUCCCAGCUGCUCGCUAUACCAGCGGCAAGUCAGUUUCGUGAAACCGUCUGAUCGCUUAUUGUGUUUUGGAGCUUUACAACUCGCACAGAGAAGAAAAACAUUCACCCUAUUCGUACAUGGAUACACUACAGCUUCUCUGAUGGUGCCAUAAGGUAUGUUUAGAGGAUUUUUAUUUUAUUUUUUUCCAUUAUUUGAAAGAUCCGUUGCUUUCUGGCUGUGCCGCUUUGGAAGAAACAUGGUAAAAGUGAUGGUAAACUCGGGAAUUAAAAAUAACAAUAUAAAUGUAAAGACAUGUGACGUUUCGUUUUCGGGGCUAUUUAAUCUAUCGGUUUCCUGUGCACUCGUGUGAUUGAUAAUUUAAGGGGAAUCUCGACCGGAUGAUAUUGGGUCGGGUUUUUUAAACAGUUUGUUUUCUAUUGAGAUAAUGAUGCUAGCCUUGGUAGGUUUUUGGUAUAAAGCGUUAAAACCUUUCUUCAACAAUAUAACCUCACCUGAGUGUGUGUUCCAAUGGAGACGUCCAUGAAUGCGCUCAGCUGCAAAACUUUAUUUGUUUUUGUACAGUCUUGAAACACUUGCUGGGAUUAAAUGAUCUAUAUUCUCUAUGUUGUGUUUUAUGUUGCAAAUUCUUGGUGUCAACACAAUACUGUGCAUCUGAUUUAUGUCGGUCAGUGGCCGUCAGAUUCUGUAACUGUUGAGAGCGCGGUUUCUGCACUCUUGGAACAUAUGAGCCUACAUCAGUAUUGCGCAGUCAGAGUCAAAGUUAUCUAUUUUAAUAGGGGGAGAAUCCAGACAAAACACUACUUUCUUGAAUCCUGAUCCCAAUCCGCUCCUGACAGCAUCAUCCAUUUCAAGUAUCUCCAAAAUUACAGUCACACGACUGAAGCCAUGCCCUGCGUCCAAGCUCAGUAUGGGUCAUCACCUCAAGGAGCCAGUCCUGCUUCCCAAAGUUACAGCUACCACGCCGGUGGAGAGUACAGCUGCGACUUCCUUACGCCUGAGUUUGUAAAGUUUAGUAUGGACUUGACCAACACUGAAAUCACAGCCACCACCUCGCUUCCUAGUUUUAGCACAUUCAUGGACAACUACAACACCGGUUACGACGUUAAACCUCCCUGCCUGUAUCAAAUGCCCCACGCUGGAGAACAGCCCUCUAUCAAGGUGGAAGACGUACAGAUGCACAGUUACCAUCAGCAAAGCCAUUUGGCCCCGCAGUCCGAGGAAAUGAUGGCCCACUCUGGGUCGAUGUACUUCAAACCUUCCUCACCGCACGCUCCCACCACGCCAAACUUCCAGGUGCAGCCAAACCACAUGUGGGAGGACCCCGGGUCCCUCCACAGUUUCCAUCAGAACUAUGUGGCAGCGACUUCGCACAUGAUAGACCAGCGUAAGAAUCCGGUGUCUAGACUGUCCUUGUUCUCAUUCAAACAGUCCCCGCCUGGCACGCCUGUCUCGAGUUGUCAAAUGCGCUUUGACGGUCCCCUCCACGUCUCCAUGAGCCACGACAGCCAGGGAACGCACCGAGGCUUAGACGGCCAAAGCUUCGCUGUCCCCAGUGCCAUCAGGAAACAAGCCGGGCUAACCUUCCCCCACUCUCUCCAGCUUGGCCAUGGACACCAGUUGAUGGACAGCCAGAUCCCUUCCCCUCCAUCCAGAGGAUCCCCGUCUAAUGAGGGUUUGUGUGCAGUCUGUGGGGAUAACGCCGCUUGUCAGCAUUAUGGAGUUCGAACUUGCGAAGGCUGUAAAGGGUUCUUUAAGCGCACUGUUCAGAAGAACGCUAAAUACGUCUGCUUAGCGAACAAAAACUGUCCUGUUGACAAACGCCGGAGAAACAGAUGCCAGUACUGCCGCUUCCAGAAGUGCAUGUUCGUCGGGAUGGUGAAAGAAGUUGUUCGGACAGCCAAUCUAAAGGGACGAAGAGGCCGUCUACCUUCGAAGCCCAAAAGUCCACAAGACCCGUCGCCUCCAUCUCCGCCCGUCAGUCUGAUCAGCGCUCUGGUUAGGGCCCACGUUGACUCUAAUCCCUCCAUGUCUGGCCUGGACUACUCCAGGUUCCAGGCUAACCCUGACUACCAAAUGACUGGAGACGACACUCAGCAUAUCCAGCAGUUCUAUGAUCUCCUGACGGGCUCCAUGGAGAUCAUCCGAGGAUGGGCUGAAAAGGUCCCUGCGUUUGCUGAUCUUCCCAAACAGGACCAAGACCUCCUUUUCGAAUCGGCCUUUCUAGAACUUUUUGUUCUGCGCUUGGCGUACAGGUCCAACCCGGCGGAAGGCAAACUCAUUUUCUGCAACGGAGUGGUCUUGCACAGGCUACAGUGCGUGCGCGGAUUUGGAGAAUGGAUUGACUCAAUUGUGGAGUUCUCCUCAAACCUUCAGAGCAUGAACAUAGAUAUUUCUGCGUUCGCCUGCAUUGCUGCCCUCACCAUGGUAACAGAGAGGCACGGUCUUAAGGAGCCGAAGAGGGUGGAGGACCUCCAAAACAAGAUAGUAAAUUGUCUAAAAGACCAGGUUACGUUUAACGGUGGUGGUUUAAACCGUCCAAACUACUUGUCAAAACUUUUGGGAAAACUCCCGGAACUUCGCACGCUCUGUACACAAGGUCUGCAGCGCAUCUUCUACUUAAAACUGGAAGACUUGGUUCCUCCGCCAGCAAUAAUCGACAAACUUUUUCUCGACACCCUACCCUUUUAAAACACAAACAGACAAUGUCACACGACCUCAAAGAACUUCCACGGACUCUGAGUAAUCCUGUCGCAGUUUUUUUUUUUUUUUUUUUAACAAUCGGCGCUCUUUUACUCUUAACUAUUCGCAAGCUACGCCAAGUCUCCUAAUAGCGAUCAAGGAUCCAUAAUUGACCAUUCAGAAGAGGAUAAAAAAAUAAACACCACCAACCGAGCGAUAGGCUACCUGCUCUUCUAUUUUCUAUAAUAUCUCCUGUAAGAAAAUGAACAACCUAUUACAGGCAAAACUGUUCACUAAUGAUUUUCUGUAUCUGAUCUGGAAAGUCCAUGAUGAAGUUGAAGAAUUUCUUGUAAUUGCUAUUCCUUAUUAUUGGCAUCCAUGUAAACAGUUAAAUGUAAUAUAAUCCAUUUAUAUAUACAUAUACAUACGAUAGAUUUAUGUGAUGCGUCCAAAAACGCGACUUUAUAAGAUGUGUAUAAAGCUCGUAAAAACAUUUUUGUUUGUUUUCUUUUAUAACGUGUGCCUAUGUGUCUGUCAGGAUUUCAAAGGAAGUAUUUGGAAAAGGCAACGCAUGUUGUAGGAUUUUUAUAGGCACUUGCUAUUGAGGUGAUGUCUAUAUUAUACAUUAUAUUCCGGACACUAUGUAGUCUGCUAGAUUUUAUAAAAAUUCGUAGUAUGGAACAACUUUUAUGUAUGACACAUGUGAAAAAAGUAUAUCAUCUGUAUAGGUAAAAAGGGACCCAUUGUGUUUGUAAAACUGUCAGACAUUCCUCGUUUGUAUGUGUUGUAUGUAUUGUUGCUGUUUAAUAUAAACGUUUCUAUAUUUAUUAUUUUGUUGCCAAAAGCUACAUUAAGCAUGGUGCAAUUUAAAAAUGAUUUCGAAUCAUUAUUCAUAAUUAGCACGUUGUCUUUGUUUUCCUGUCUGAAAGACAUCUAAGCAGUUAUGACAUCAUUUCCCAUCUAAGAUAAAAGUAUGUCAUAUCAUAUCAGUUUGUGCUGUACAUCCACUGCCUUUUUCUAUGGUGUAAUUGAGUAUUGCAAUGCGUUCGGUGCCGAUUCCGAAAAAAAACUCAAUGAGAAAGAAAUAUUUAAUGUUUACAAAUAAAACUUCUAAAUCAUU